AUGGCACGACAGUCCCUUCAGCUGGAGCUCGCCGAACGGCCCAAGGGCGAAAUUGAGGUUGGCAAGACCUUCCGCCUGCGCAAGGUCGACGCACCGACCGAGGCGGACCUGAAGGAGGGCGAGCUGCUGCUCGAGUGCCUGUAUGUGUCGCUCGACCCCGCCAUGCGCGGCUGGCUCGACGACCGGCGCUCGUACGUGCCGCCGGUGCAGAUCGGCGAGGUAAUGCGGGCCGGGGCCAUCGCGCGCGUGCUGGCGUCCCGCUCGGCCAAGGCGAAGCCCGGCGACAUCGUCACGGCCACCAUGGGCAUCCGCGAGGUCGGCAUCAUGCCCGAGGCCGCCGUCGAGCCGGCGUCGAGGCUGCCGCUGGACAGGACGGGCGGCAAGGUGACGGAUCUGCUCGGCGUCUUGGGCAUGACUGGCUUGACGGCUUACUUUGGCAUGACCAAGAUCGGGGAGCCCAAGGCGGGCGAGACAGUGGUUGUGUCGGCUGCGGCGGGCGCCACGGGCAGCGUGGCCGCGCAGAUUGCAAAGAUUGCCGGCGCGCGUGUCAUUGGCACGGCGGGCAGCGAGGAGAAGUGCCGGUGGCUGAAGGAGGAGCUGGGCCUCGAUGUCGCGCUCAACUACAAGGACCCGGAUUUCAAGGAGAAGUUCAAGGCGGCCACGCCGAAUUAUAUUGAUGUCUUCUUCGACAAUGUGGGUGGCGAGCAGCUCGAUAUGGCUCUGGGUCGGGCCAACAAGUUUGCCCGAUUCGUCAUGUGCGGUGGUAUCUCUCAGUAUAACGCUGAGACCAAGUCGGGACCGACGCGGAACUUCUUCAAUGUCAUUUCCCAGCGGAUCAAGAUGCAAGGCUUUAUCGUCUUCGAUUUUGCCACCGAGUAUGGUACGGCACUGAAGCAGCUCGCGCAGUGGCUGGGCGAGGGCAAGCUCCAGCGAAAGGAGACUAUCGUCAGGGGUGGCGUGGCGGCCGCCGAGGAGGGGCUCCAGCAGCUGUUCCGGGGCGCCAACAUCGGCAAGCUCAUGGUCGAGGUGAAGAAUCCGGAGGAGGUGUCGCGACUUUAA